AUAUUCUAUUGUUGACAAAUUGCCUCCUGUGUUGUGUAGGCCAACCUGCAACAUCCUGCUUUGUGACAUAGCCUAUACACACUUACAUAGAAACCUAUAUGCAAAAUAUAUGCAAACCAACAAUUAUAUUUAAAUUCUUCCAUUCCUUUCCGGAAAGCAAAGGAAGAGCUUUACCAUGACAAGAGACAUUGAAUAAUACAUAAUUGAACUAUUAUAUCACUGUGGGAAAAGACCAGUUACAAUAAAUAAGGCGACGCCAACUCAAAAUAAUUGAAUUCGGUUUCUCUCACUGACACAAGAGGUCAGUGAGUUUAGUUUUGGAAUGGCAAAUAACAGUUUCAUAUCCCGUACGCCUCCUCUACGCUAAAUAUUCCAGCAGUACUAAAUGUAAAGGCAUUUACGCAAGUAAAGCAUGCGUAAAAGCAUGUAAAACAUACGUCAAUCGUUACCAUGGUUAUAAGCAACAAAUCCGUGCAACAACAAAUCCCUCAGGCGCACAGAGUGAACAGAAGUCAAUGUCGAGAGCUCUUCCGAAAGGCGACCAGUUCAAAGCGGCGGCGGCUGGGGACCCCGAAUGGCUGACCCUCAGCCUGAAACACGCGGUGGCACUGCUGGACACAGACGAACACGGCGUGUCUGCGCUCCACGUGGCCUGUCUCCACGGUCAGUUGACGUGCGUAAAGCUGCUCCUGGAAUCCGGCCUCGUGGACAUCAACGGCGGCUGCGGUCAGGGCAGACGGCCCGUCCACAUGGUCCUGUCCACCAUGAGCUCACCCAACACCUCCGCCUGCCUCGAGUACCUGCUGGACCGCGGCGCUGAUGUCAACGUCUCUACUACCUCCGCGGUCACCCCGCUGCACUCGGCAGCGGCCGAGGGCAUGCUAGCUUGCACGGAGAUGCUGGUGCGAGCCCGGGCGGACGUGCACGCAUGUGACAAGAACGGGCACACCCCACUGGACAUGGCACGCUCCUACUGUCACAGGUUGGUGGCACGGUAUCUCAAAGACUGUAUGUGGAAAGCCAACAAAAAGAGAGAGCUAGAGAUGAAGAGGCAGGUGCAGAUCCUCUACCGGGACCUAGUGCUCAUGAGCAAACUGGACGAAGGCAGAGAGAAAACGAGGAGGCGGGCGUUGAUUGAGAAGAAGACGGAGGAGUGGGCUAGCAGGAAAGGCCUAGGGCCCCCCCCGGACCCGCCGGCCAGCAGCAGCCUGGUCAGCCAGUUCCACCGGCAGUGCCUCCUCUCUGAGCCUCCAGAGAGCCGACCCCAGCCUCGGGCCCAGACACGGGCGCAGCAAGGAGACCCUAGGCAGCGCUGGAACACCUCGACCCACACCACCAGGUCGCCUCCUCCACCCCCGACCUCCGUCUCCAAACCCCCCCAGGCGGUCCGCAUGGACGACCGACCCACGGAGAGCCCCUCUCCGGAGCCCGACCUGCGGGGCUGGGUCACCCUGUCCAAGGCCGCCGACGGGGGGCACCACCACGAGUACACCACCCGGUGGGAGAGCUCGCCCUGCCGGGCCCCCGACCUGCCGCUGGACGCCCUGGAGAGGGGCCUGUUCCCCAGGGCCUUCCCCGGGAGGAUGGCCUCCCCGCGGGACUACCGGCCCUGGAGCAUCCUGGACCAGCCGCGCCUCGGGGUCCCCCCAGGACAGGGCGGCGCCUCCCCCUGGACAGAGGUGGCGCUGCACCUGCCGGACGUCCUGGAGCCCGGACACUACUGAGCCGGCGAGGGGUUCUGAGGAACAACAAGGCCCCUGGGGCGUGGUUUGUAAGUCUUAUUUUAAGGAUCAUCUUGUAUUUAGCCUCAAAAAUGCCUAAGUCAAAUAGAUGACUGGGGCAGGUAGUGAUUAUGGAAUGUAAAAAGCACUCUUAUUGGCUUACGACACAGGGGUGAUUCAGGAGCGGAAGUAGAGUUGAGUUAGGUUAGAUAUCACAAUUUGGCAAAAA